UUCUGGAACAUGUGGAGUUAGUUUGAAACAGAUAAGAAAUUAACAAGAAAUAUAUUCUUUUUUUCUAACUUACAAAAAAAAAAAAUUCUCUCAACCAAAGAGGAAGACAAUAACCUUUCAGCCACCCAUAACCAAAUCAGUUCCUUGCAGAAAACCCCAUUUCACCAAAUCCAAUCCGCCAUUAAACAAACACCAAGAAAAUAUGUUACCCUCUCAUCAUAAAUCUUCUCUUUCUCUAUAUUUCUACACCUCUCCUCGCCCUCUCUUCCCAUCUUUCUCAUGCAUCCUUUCCGCGGCGGCCGGAAAACAUCGCCACCGUUGAUUUCAUCAGUGCUGCUGAACAGUAUGAAGUCCGGCCGGAAAAACAGCAACCUCUCCAUCUUCGUGGUGGUGUUCUCCGUUUUCAUCUUCGGGUGUUUCAUGUACAAUGAGGACGUGAAGUCCAUCGCGGAAUUCCCGUUUUCCCGGCCCAAGGCGGCCGCCGCCGAUCAAGAACUCCAAGAAAACGCCACGGCGGCGGCGAUGAGAGAAAACUCCGUUCUGGAGAAACGGGAAGAAACGGAGCAGCCAUUAUUGCAGGAAGAGAAUGAGAUUGAACUGGUGGGUGAUAAAGAAGAGGAAGAAGACGGCGGUGGCACUGAUGACGGCGUUGAAUUGCCGCCGGAGGAUUGCGAUCUCUUCAUCGGCGAAUGGGUUUACGACGAGGCGACACAUCCUAUAUACAAGGAACCGGAAUGCGAGUUUCUUACGGCUCAGGUCACCUGCAUGAGAAAUGGAAGAAAAGAUUCUUCUUAUCAGAACUGGAGAUGGCAACCCAGAGAUUGUUCUUUACCCAAGUUCAAGCCAAAGUUGUUGCUGGAGACGUUGAGGAACAAGAGGCUGAUGUUUGUUGGAGAUUCACUGAAUAGGAAUCAAUGGGAAUCUAUGGUCUGUUUGGUCCAAUCAGCUGCCCCUCCAGGGAGGAAAAGCUUGACCAAGACUGGCUCUUUGUCUGUCUUCAGAAUCGAGAAUUAUAAUGCUACAAUUGAAUUCUACUGGGCGCCAUUUUUGGUUGAGUCGAACUCGGAUGACCCGAACAUGCAUAGCAUCUUGAACCGGAUCAUCAUGCCCGAGUCAAUCAUGAAGCAUGGUCAGAAUUGGAAAGAUGUGGACUAUCUCAUCUUCAAUACAUACAUAUGGUGGAUGAACACUUUUGCCAUGAAAGUUCUCCGUGGAUCAUUCGACGAGGGCGCGACCGAGUACGAUGAGGUCCCAAGGCCCAUUGCUUAUGGGAGGGUUUUGUCUACUUGGGCUAAGUGGGUUGAGGAAAAUGUGGAUCCAAAUAGGACUCAAGUGUUCUUCAUGAGCAUGUCUCCCCUUCAUAUCAAGAGUUUGGAUUGGGAAAAUCCGGAUGGGAUAAAAUGUGCCAAGGAGACAACCCCAAUUUUGAACACAACAAUGUACCUAAAUGUUGGCACGGACAGGAGACUAUUUGUGGUGGCAUCAAACAUAACAGAAACCAUGAAAGUCCCGGUUCAUUUCCUCAACAUCACGAGGCUCUCUGAGUAUAGAAAAGAUGCGCAUACCUCAGUACAUACCAUUCGGCAGGGUAAAAUGCUAACUCCUGAGCAGCAGGCCGACCCCGCUACCUAUGCCGAUUGCAUACAUUGGUGUCUUCCUGGGCUUCCAGAUACAUGGAACGAGUUUCUUUACACACGUAUUAUCUCUCGUGGCUAGCUCCAUAUACAUGGGUGCCUACUUGGACAUUCCGGCUCAUGUCAUCUCAAGUUCUUUUUGCACUCCAUUUUUCUCUUUUUGGACACCAUAAAUGUGUCUUAAUACUUUCUUCCUUUUUUUCUCGUAUAGUUUUUUUUUUUUUUUUUCUUUUCAUUAGGCCUCGAGGACAAAAUUGGCAGAAAAAAUAUUCUGUUGAUUCAUGGUGUAUGACUCAAUUGUAAAAUGGCGUUUUUCUUGAAGAAAUAAACAAGUGUAACGAUAUGUCGAUAUACAUACAAGAUUAGCCUCUAUGGCAUUGAUUUAGGGAUGUGAAGUCUUACUUCAAACUUGCUUUUAGUCACAUUAGGGGUUCGAGUCUUCCCACAAGUGUUGGAGUGAGGUUAAGGUUGGGUCGAUUUUUUUGUGCAUAAAGCUGUACAAUUUGCCUGGGGUUUGUUCAUGGGGUCGGGCUCCUUGUGCGUAGAAAUACAUAAUUUAAUGUUUGUGGAUUUACCUCUUUAUGAGUCUAAGGGCGAGUUUAUGAGAUAGGGCUCCUUGUGCGAUUGUAUAAUACAGUUUAUUAAAUUUACUGCUUGAAGAUAAAUUUAUAAGAUUAAUAAUAUAGUCUGAUCUAGCGAAAUUGAAAAGCCAUGGUUAUCAAAUAUAUGCAAGAGUACGUGUUCAAAUAUGAUUCAAAAAGAAAAAAAGGUAUUGCAUAAAACAAAAGUAUCCAAUAGUAAAGCUGGCCAGUGAUUGUAUGAAUUACGCAAAGUUUGAGGAGGUGACAAAUGUAUGUCACCUUAUCUCCCUAUAAUUAUGCACAAAAGUCCUAUAAAAUGAUACCCUUCCCAUAACAGAUGUAUGCAUCUCUUUUGCCGAUGCUUAUGCAUAUAUAUCCCCUUCUUCUCCGGUGAUGAUGGCCGGAAUCUAUUCAUAUAUCACCACCAAAGUUCUGGAAUUUUAUGGUGUUCUUGAAUUAUCGAAGCGCAAUGGGAAUGGCGAUGACCCGGCCUGAGUUGAAGCGGUCCAAUGCACGUGGAGAAGACGGCGACUUUUCACCGGAAUCCGUAUUAAAGAAACAUCGUAUUAUCCAUCGAUCGGUCAAUACCAAUGUACUGAUGAACACUGACGUGCAGUGAGUCUUAGCCCGGCAGACAACGUUGUAUUGCCAAAACCAGUAGCCAACGCAUGCAUAAAACCCGUCCAAGACGAUAGAAGAAAGGAAACCGUAUAUGCCCACCUUAAUUAUCACCGACAUGGAAACAUGUUCUCAACAAUGGAUACGUUCAACUGCAUGCCAGCCUUUGAUUUACUAGAAUUUCAUUUAAGGAGAGUUUGUUGUCAUUUCUUGAAGGGUCUUAUUUAUAGGGUCCAGUUCAAGUGAGAAUCACUGCUUAGGUGUAAACUUGUGAACUCCGAUCCUAUGCCCUUUGAAAUGUGAGAUUGGAUGACGGAGAUAUGAGGAAUGGUGCAAUGGUGCAUCACUGCUUGGGUGUAUAUUUACUAGGUCAAAAUCAAGAUUGAGCAAGAUCGACGGUUGUACAGUGAUGCGAUGAUUUAUAUUUAUUAGGUCAAAAUUAAAAUCGGGCAACGGUGCACUUUGGUACAUAGAUACACAUGUUAACAAUGUUCUUAUUUGAAUCUAAUUCUAUAUAUAUUCAAAUUAAAUG